GACUUGAAACUCGACACCGCCACAUUGCUCUUGAAUAGUGAAUGAUGAAGGAACCCUACAGUUUCUUAAACGAAGAACCACCUCUCAACGUGGUAGAGCAUCAGGUUAUAUGUCAUUCAAUUUCGACGGGCAGUAGGUGUGUUGAUGUCGGUGAAACCUCUCCGGAGCUUUCGAAUGGGGACCAUCAUUGACUACGACUGCGAGUGAUGAUGAUAUGAUGAAGAAUAUAGGCAACAAUCCAAUUCAUAAACAUCAAGCUAACCACAACCGAGGGAAGAACAAGAGAGGUAGUAACUGGCUGGCCGUUAUUUUGUUCCGAAUCUCGCGGCGGGACUUUAGCUUCUGCUUGACAGCACUAUUCCUGUUCUGUUUGGGUUCACUUUGUUGGCAACUAAACGGUGGGCCUCCCAACCUUCUCCAAGAUAUCCGGUAUUAUUUCGGACAGUCUACGUUUACAGAUGAUCAUGGACCCAUAGCCCCCAAAGUGCUGCCAUUCCCCAGGGGGGUGGUGUACAACCGUGUGGGGAAGUGUGGCAGUCGCACCAUCGUCCUGCUGCUGCGCAUCUUGGCUGACCGCCACCAGUACACACUGGUCUCCUCUGACAUCCACAACAAGACCAGACUCACCAAACAUGAGCAGGCGACUCUCAUAAGAAACAUCAGCGACAUACCACAGCCGUUCCUGUACACUCGACAUGUACAUUUUCUCAACUUUACCAGGUUCAGGAUAGAUGAGCCAGUGUACAUCAACAUCAUCAGAGACCCCAUAAACCGCUUCCUAUCCAACUACUUCUUCCGGCGCUUUGGGGACUGGCGUGGGGAAGAGAACCACUUGGUGCGGACACCUGGGAUGAAAGAUGAGGAGAGAUACCUAGAUAUCAAUACCUGUAUCCUGGAAAAUUACCCAGAGUGCUCCAACCCUCGCCUCUUCUACAUCAUCCCAUAUUUCUGUGGACAACAUCCGCAAUGCAGGGAGCCGAGUAAGUGGGCUCUGGAGAAGGCCAAGCAGAAUGUUCUGGAACACUACCUGCUGGUGGGCGUUCUGGAGGAGCUGGAGGACGUGUUGCUGCUGCUGGAACGCCUCCUGCCUCAUUUCUUCUCUGAUGUGCUCAACAUCUACAAGAGCCCUGAGUAUAAGAAGCUGGGCAACCUGACGGGCACCGUUCGCAAGCACACCCCAAGCCUGGAGGCCCUUCAGGUGCUGUAUCAGCGCAUGGAGUACGAGUACAUCUUCUACAACUACAUCCGAGACCUGUUUCACCUCACCAAGAGGAAGAUGGGCCUGCACUCCGGGCCACGUCCCUCACGCCACCACCACAACCCUGCCUCCAGGACGCACACGGACGAGCAGGACGACAACUAGGAAGGCCACAACUGAGUUAAGCAGUCCUAAGGACCGGUUAAAGAUCUCCUGGGCCAACCCUCACAUGUGUAGUCUGACAAUGAGAGGGAACCGUACAGAGGUACAGGAAAGAACACAGAUGUAGUUGUGUUGCCUCAUAGUUCCUCAAGUAGAGCAGACAACUUGCUCUUUAUUCUGCCGUUUUGAAUGGGUUUGGGUUUUUAUUCAGACAUGCUGGCCUUGUCAUUAGUAAUAAUACACUGCUUUGAUUUCUGCCAUAGUUUGUUAUCCAGUGAUAGGGACUUCACUUUGGAGGAAGAAUAGACAUCGUUCCAGCUUUAACAGGAUGCUGAAACUGUUUACUCUGUAGUCAGUACUCCUUCUCAAAUCCAGAAGGGGAAGAAGAAAAUUGGAAAGAGCUGAAAAACAAGUACAUUUCCAGAUGGUCCCCAGUGCAGAAAGGCCUUUUAGGUGAACAGUGCUACUUGAAUGCUUUUAAAAGCCUACUUCCACUUUGUUCCAAAGUUUCAGCAAUACUACAUUAGAAAACUAUGUUUUUAACACCAGUUGUUGUUAGACAUCAUUUAACAGUUCAGAACAUGUCUGUGGCCUAAAUCAAAGGUUGAUUGUUCAAAAUGAGGUAGAUAUUUUUAAGUGACAGUAUUAUUAACUUAUUAUGAAGAGGAAGUUCAUAGAAAGAAGGAGUCAGAAAAUAUAUGCAGCUCUCCUGAUUUUUUUUUACAACCACAGUAAGCUUUUUCACCUAUUCAUGAUGUGAAUAUUUGUCUCAGUAUUCAAGGGUUAAUGUGUUAAAACAUUGUCUUAGCUUUUUCUUAGUAAACCUCCCCCCACCCCGUCAUGUCAGUAUUGCCAUGGGAAAGAGAUGGAGGACUUACACUUCACACUUUGGCUUUUCCAUGUGCAGUUGGAUUUCAUACAUGACUAGGGUCUGGUCCUUCAUUUCCAGUCCAAUACAGACUUCACACUGACUACAGUAGGCCUGGUUUGAACUGCUAACUGUGACCAAAAUCAAUAGAUCAGUCAGUGUUAACAUAUUACAUGUAAUCUUUCAGUCACCUUCCACCUGAAAGGUGAAAGAACAGGCAACCUGAAAGAACGUCUUAGGAAAAACUGGUGAGUUCCCAUAAUAGUAUGAUUUGUGUGAAAUACAUAUAUGUAAAUAAUUGAUUUUCACUUAUUUUUCAUAUUUUCAUAUUGGUAGGAAAUUACACAUUUACAUCAGGAGGAUAAUAAUAUGUUAAUAAACAGCAAUGUGAACAAUAAAUGUGAUUUAAUUAAUUGAGGGUAUAAUGUGAAAUAAAGGAAUGUGAUGUCUGA